ACGCGACUUCGGGGGCAUGAAUGAAAAUGGCUGCGCCGUACGAUUCGGUUUUCCUGUUAGUUUAGUUUCUUUCGGAAUUUACUGGUGCAAAGUAGCGGCACUAUUACUGCAGCUCCCGCGCCCGCGUGUGUGUGUGAGUGUGUGCGAGAGUGCGCGGCGUGCGUGUGUGUGUGUGUGAGUGUACGGUGGGGCAGCCUUAAAUCACGUGCAUAGAAAAAAACGAAAGAAAAAAGCAUUUAUUUACAUUUGGAUGCCACUAUAAAAAAUAGGACGCCGACGCCUGGGUUCGCUGUAAAUCGACGUUAGUGAAUGCCUAACAAUUCCUUGCGUGUGCACAUGUUUUUGGUCCUAAUCAAUACUUGGCAGACGGUCAUUUAGAUUUAAUUGUUGCAAGAAAUAGGCCUCAAAACAACAACAACUUCGGAGCGCCAACAAUAACAAUUAAAACACCUGCGAAGCGACGAUGACGGCCAAGAGCGAUAUGGAUAUUCUGGCCAACUCCAUGUAUGAGGACGACCCCAAUGGCAACCUAGCGCCCGCCACCACCAAAGAUCAGGAAUCGGCCAAGCCGGAGGAGCUAAAGGUCACCACAGCUGGCACCAAUACCACCCAAUCACCCAAUUCGGCGACCAUAACUUCGACUUCUCCGCGAUGGGGUCCGCAGAAUAAGGGCGCCCAGGAACUGGCCCUUUUGUACAGUCCAGGAAAACGUGCCCAGGAAAUCAUUUGCGUCUACACCUGCAUUGGCCUUAUGAUCAUUAACCUGGCCCUGAUUGUUAGGCACUUGCGAUUGGAGCGGAUUAGUGUGGCCUUUCUGUCCGCCCUGUGCGGCAUUAUAACGGCUGACUUUGCCUCUGGCUUGGUUCACUGGGCGGCGGACACAUGGGGAUCGGUGGACAUACCCAUGAUUGGAAAGAACUUUCUGCGACCCUUUCGCGAGCAUCAUCUGGAUCCCACAUCCAUAACGCGACACGAUUUCAUUGAGACAAAUGGCGACAACUUUAUGGUUGGCAUACCAAUCCUCGGGUACUUGGCUCACUAUUUUUACAUACGGACGCCCAGCGAGAUACAGCAACACUUCGGCUGGAUAGCCUAUGUGUUCCUCUGCUCCAUAUUCGUGGCCAUGACCAAUCAGAUACACAAAUGGUCGCAUACAUAUUGGGGAUUGCCGAGGUGGGUCCUGUUACUCCAAAGCUGUCACAUAAUCCUGCCACGCAAGCAUCAUCGCAUCCAUCACGUGGCGCCCCACGAGACCUACUUUUGCAUCACCACCGGAUGGCUUAACUGGCCACUGGAACGCAUCAGAUUCUGGUCAACAUUCGAGCUCAUCAUCGAGCAUUUUACGGGUCUCAAGCCCCGAGAUGACGACCUGAAAUGGGCCAAGAAACUCACAUAGGUGCGCCGCCCAGCGACUGUAUAUAGGAACCUUGGACCAAAAGCAGCCUUACAUUGCUGAACGUCACCUUCAAAUGUUAUCAUACAAUCGGAAUGUCUAACAGAAUGAAGUGGCUUUAAAUGAGACAAGAUACAAGAUGCACCCAUACUUAUUAGGUUAAUGGCAUAGUUCUCAGUUGCAUGUUUGUUAAAAAUAGUUGAUUGUUUUAGAUUAAGUUAGUGUUUUUUAAAUACUUUAUUACUAUUGUACACCUGCACACACUCGCACAAUAGAGCGCAUAAACUAAUUGAUCUCGCCACAGAUUAAUCAUACUACGAGUGAGCCUUACGUAUACCUAAAAAAAAAGGAACAAAUUACUAACUAUUGAGCACAAGCUUGUCUGAUCAAUUUUGAAAGAUUUACACAAAAUAUAUUAAAUUAUUACUCGAUAUAAAUGUAAGCUUGACGAGCAACAAAAGACAUUUUAAUACCGUCUAAUGUUCGCUGCUUAGUUGUGGCCAUAAAGUAAAUCAAUUUAUUUACAACUAUGUAUACAUACAAGAUACAAUUAAACUAGGCGCUGUAUGCAAUCAAAUAUGUGACUUAAAACCUUUGCCUUAAAACGUUUUUAUAUUAUAAACUGUUCUAGAGAAGCGAAAUCAGUUUUAGUAGGCACACUUUUAGUGGCAAGUGUAAGAGACCAGUUAGUAUAAUUUAUUUCCAAAGAAUUUGGCUAUGUGCAACUGUUUUUAAGUAAUAGGCGUUGAAAAGGCUAGUUGCUUAUAUCAUUUGAGGUAUUGUUGCUUAAUGCAGUAAUUAUAAGACGGCAAUAUUUUUUGUGAUCUGAGAAAAUAAAUCAAUAAGCUAAAA